GGAGGUGGUGCCAGCGGGUUAGGCUGCGCCGCCCCCCCCUCCCCGCUCGCAUCCUCUCGGCGGUGCGAACGCGACCAUUUUGCGGGGGGGAGCGGCUGAGCGGCGGCCACCGCGGCGGGAGCGGCGGCGGCGACCGGGGCCGGGGGGCGCCGCGCGGCCCUCGCAGAGCAGCGGGAGUCUCCCGCGGCGGGGAGCGCGGCGCGGUGCUCGGCGGCUGCAGCGCCUGAGGAGGGGGGGAAAAGAGGCGGCUCCGGAGGCGCGGCCCGAGGCGCUGGGCCCAGCGCUCCCGCUCGCUCCGGGCAGGGGACGGGCGACGCCGAGCCCGCACCGAGCGACCGCUCGAUUCCUGCUUCCCCUCCGCGCCGGGCGACGCUCCCCGCGCCGGGCCCGAACCGCCGGGGAAAAUGUCCAGGCCUGUCAGGAACAGGAAGGUGGUCGAUUAUUCCCAGUUUCAGGAAUCAGAUGAUGCUGAUGAAGAUUAUGGAAGAGAUUCAGGUCCCCCAUCCAAGAAAAUCCGUUCGUCUCCCCGGGAGGCUAAAAAUAAGAGGAGAUCUGGGAAGAACUCUCAGGAGGACAGUGAGGAUUCAGAAGAAAAAGAUGUGAAGACUAAGAAAGAUGAUUCACACUCGGCAGAUGAAGAUUUUGGCAGUGAAGAUGAUGACUUAGGAGCAGAUGAUGGCAAAGCUGACAGUGACUAUGAGAGCUCUCAAAAAAGCAAAAAAGGAAAAAAGGCUAAACCAGAAAAGAAUAAGAGGGCAGCCUCCAAAUCCAGGAAAAGGCCUGCAGAGGACAGUGAGGAUGAAAAAGAAGACCACAAAAACGUGCGUCAGCAACGACAGGCAGCGUCCAAAGCAGCUUCCAAACAACGAGAGAUGCUUAUGGAUGAUGUGGGGAGCGAGGAGGAAGAACAAGAGGAUGAUGAAGCACAGUUCCAGGAGACAGAUUCAGGAAGCGACGAAGACUUCCUCAUGGAAGACGAUGACGAUAGUGACUAUGGCAGUUCAAAAAAGAAAAACAAAAAGGUCUCCAAGAAAUCCAAGCCUGAGAGGAAAGAAAAGAAAAUGCCGAAGCCCAGGCUAAAGGCUACAGUGACCCCCAGCCCAGUGAAAGGCAAAGGGAAGGCAGGCCGCCCCACAGCUUCCAAGGCAACGAAAGAAAAGACCCCAUCCCCUAAAGAAGAGGAUGAAGAGCCUGAAAGCCCCCCAGAAAAGAAGAAAUCAGCCAGCCCUCCACCAGAGAAGUCAGGGGAUGAGGGAUCUGAAGAUGAAGCCCCCUCUGGUGAAGAUUAAAUGGGCAGUUGAGGAAAUCUUUGUUUUAAAAAAAAAAAAAAAGGAAAAAGAAAAAAAAACCCAACAAAAAAAAGAAAAAGGAAAAGAAAACAUACUUAGGGGUAGAACACGGUUUUGGCUGUGGCUUGACUCAUGGGCUUUGAAUGCUGUCUUUCCUUUCAGCUCUUUAAUACAGUGUAUCCUUUUUUUAAUAAGAGGAAACCCUUCCACAGUCCUGUUUUGAAGUCAAUGUUCUCUGUUGGCCAUUCUGUUCUCCCUCCCCCAUUGAAAGCCAUUGGAGACAAAUUAACAGACCUUUGAAUAUAUAUAUAUAUUUUUCUUUCAAGGGAUAACUGCAGUUGUGAAGCAAUAAGGGUUGAGACUGAUACGUGGAAACCAUACUUACAAAUCCUUGUUAGAAUAGAUUGCCCAGUGCUGGUAAGAGUUCUUUCAAACUAUUCUUCUGUAUUUGAAUCUGGGGGGGGAAAUGAAGCUAUGCUUUAACAGACUGCUGGUGAGACAAGAGCACUCUCAGAAAACAAUGUAGUGGGAUAGGAAUUCCAAUUGAGGAAGAGGAAACACGGGGAGGAAACCUGUGUUUCUUGGAUUCAGGCUCUUUUUGCAUGGAAAGCAAUCAUGAGGCUUGUAGAUGGGCCACUGUCUUCUAUUUAGAAAAGACCCUCUGAUCAGGGUGCAAGAUCUUUUGUCUUUGCUGGAGAGAAUACUGUUCUGCAAUAAGGAAAUUGCAGUUCAUUCUCUGCAAAUCCACAUAGACAACCUACAAGCUUCUCCCAUCCAUUAAUUCUUCCACAGUUGGCUAUAGGUGGGCAGAAUAGGGAAGAGAAAUUGCAAACCAUUUUAAAACCUCUGGUUUCCAGUUUGGUAGUGUGGAAAAUGUCCUUAAAGUUUUUCCAAGGAGACAAAACAAAGAAUCAAUGGGUAGUGUAAAACUAAAUUCUUUAGCUUUUUGGGGCGAGGGAUGUCCUUUCCUAAAUGUGAAGCAAAGGAUUCCUGUAAUGCUCUGGUCAGUCUCGGAUCCCAUGAGUCACGCUGAAGGGUUUCUCUUCUCUCCCUCCAUCUGGCCUCAGGAGGCUGUGCAGUCAGACCUCAGCCUCUCCAGCUCCAGUGCUGGACAGCAGACUUCCAUGGUAGUGCACAUCACCACGAUCCCACUUCCAUUCCUUCAUCCUGCAGUGUGGGGGGCUUUGCUCCCACAUGGACAUGUCUGCUUCUGACUGUUGGUCAUCAUUCUGCUCCCUAAGCCUGAGAAGUGCUGAUUAGGGACCAGUGGUAAAGGAUGAAGUUGGGAGGAAGUGGAGUUUGGAAGCAGUGUAGCAGGGCUGUGGUUCCCUAAUAAGAAAGCAGGAUGUCCCCCUCGAAAUGCAAGACACUUGAGAUGUGUGUGGUGGCAUUUAAAUGUGGUUUUAUCAACGCAGCCAUAUCCUUGUGUUUCCAAGUACCCAAGCCUUGGGUUUCACACCCUGAUGCAGAGGUUGCUGCCUUGUUUGUUGGUGGAAAUACUCAAAACUGGACCUGCCAUUUUUCUCUUUUUUAAACCCUUUUGUGCUUUCUCUGUGUCGCUCACAGUUAUCUAUAGCCGAGAAGCUUUGCAUCCUUUCUUUUUGUCACAGAAUUACACAGUUUGUAACCAGCCUCUCGAAGGUUAACAUAAGGCAGCUAAUUAGGUGGAUUUCUGGUGCACGUGCUACCAGGUUUUUAAUCCUAUCUGGAUUUUAGAGAGAGACACUAAUAUGACCAGGAAGGACGUUGGGCUGAAUUGGCGUAGGAAGCCUGGAGAUGCUGAUGAGCACAGUGUGGAGCCUAAGAUGUGGAAUGACUAUUAAUCUAACAGCCGAGUGAUUGUCUUAUGUGAUUCAUAGCCAUGGAUUUUAUGGAGGCUGGUAAAUUACUUUACCUUGGCUUAUAAAAAUUUAAGUUCUCUAAUAUUCUUUACUCUAAUGAAACUACUGUUGCCGUUACAAUAAAGAUGAUCGGUGUUUCCAUUGUAAAUCUGCUUUUUUAAGUGGUUUAAUUUUGCAGAACAGCUUAAGGCUGGACUUGAAGUAUCAAGUCUUGAUAAAGAAGCGAAUGUGAUCCCCUCUCCUCUCCCACCCCUCUUCCCACCUUCCAGGUUUCUGGGAGAGCAGUUUCUUACCUCCACUUCUUGGGUAAUACGGGGAAAAUAAGCGGCCAAGUUUUCAAAACCAGUUGCAUUAAAAUUGGGGAUAGAAUACACUUUUGUGACUGUCUGGUCCACAUAGUUGUUCCCUUUCAGUCCAGACUGUUUCAAGCUAUUGUCUGUUGGAUUCUUAGGGAGUUUUUUUGCUAUUAACUGUAGAAUACCUCUAGCUGACUGGUCAAAAGGUUGCUUCUUUACCUGCUCAACCAGGUUUUAUUUCCCGAGGACUGUCUUUUGUAAGUUCCACUAUAUUAUCUAACACAGGUAACUGAAGUGAAGGCUGUGAAAAAUGAGUUUCUGUUGUUCUCAGUUCAGGUUUUGAACUGGAUUCUUUCAUGCCUGGCAGUUUCAGCCCUUGCUCUAACCAACCCGUUCUGCUUUCUCAUCCCUGUGUCUCACGGCUGGUACAGGCUGCUUGAUGCUUCUCUUGGAGUUUGUCACAACCCAAACGCGAUGUCAGCCCUGUCCUCCUACUGGGAUUUUGUGACUUUUCUAUAUCUGACUGUUUUGUGCAAACACUAAGUUAAGCCCAAAUGGUCUCUUGGUUCCCCUGUUAGAAACACAGCGGUUUGUAUUUUUACAGAUAGAAGAAAAUUGUGAAGGUUGCUACUUUUUUGUUUUUUAGCACACGACAUUUUUCGAUAGUGGCAGACUUACCAUUUUUAAAUGUCCUUUUUUACUUAAUUUGUAUGAAGCAUUCUGUUUUCUUGAAGGAAAGCUGUGAAAAACGCCUUUCUUUAGGAGUGUGAAUAGUUCUUCACGGAGCAGAAAGUUUCAGUCACAGAAGAAGGCUUUGAAAAAGAUUGUCUUCUGUUCCACAGCUGUAGUUUUGGAGCCUUUGCAGAGAGGUAAAUAGAUUUAUUCCAAAGUUCAGAUGACUAGUGCCCUGGUCUUACUCUUAAAAUGGUAGUUCAUAACUAACUUCCAUUAUAGAUCCUUUCGUCCAUUCUGUUUCUGAAUCCACACCACCAUGUUCAGUUUUGCAGCUCUAGGACAAUAGCACAGCCUUUAGUAGGCCACAAGGCUUGAUCAGUAAAAACUUGCAAUUUCAGUUGGAAUUUCAGACUGAGCAUUAUUUGCUUCACGUUCUAUUUGAUCAGCACGAGAAUGCCAAACAUGCCAAGCAAAAUGGGGUUUCGGAAUGGAUUGUAGGGGAGAGCAAGACUUAGAAAUGGGGCAGCCAAGAAGCUUUUCAUUCUCUUUUAGCUUCAUCAAAGCAGAAGAGCAUGUGGGGAGAGAAGCAGCACACCUUAAGUGGCUUCUGCUCGGGAACGUCGCCACCGCCAGGUCUCGGUGCUGAGUGUGCUCAGCUCCUGUGCCACCACGGGGCAGCAUCAGGCGGCGAUGGCCUUCCCGGGCAGUGGCAGAAGAUGUGCUGGAAUUCCUUUUUUUGUUUCCUUUUUUUUCCUUUUUUUUUUUUUUUUACCCCCUCCACUGGUGAUGGUCACAAAGGUACAAUAAACACUGAGGCACCCAGGUGAAGGAGGGAGGGAAGUAAACUGUAACAUGCUGGAAGCUUUUGAGCUGUAGAAACUGGUGCUUUGCUUUAUGUAAUUUGUUUGUGAAGUGUUUAUUUUUAUAACAGAUCAUAUUGUUGAACACAUGGUUCUUAAAUCUACAAACUGAUCCAUGAGUUUAAUAUUUGAGAAGUGGAUGUUCAUCUGUUGGGGGAGGCAGGAUAUGGAAAUGUAAGCAGAUGGAUAUUUAAAGGGACACUGUCACAAAAUAGUUGCUGGCAUAUAGGAGAUGUUAGUUUGGGGGGGGUGGGUCACAUCUAUAUGUGGAAAUUAUAUAUUCUAUAUGUAUAUGAUCAAAUAGAAAAUUUUCCCUGGACUUUGACUAUUUUCCUACAGUGUUGGGAGGUUUAAAUGCAAGUUCUGCUAAUGACAAUAGAAAGCAACACUAACUAUUCUGUUCUUAACUGUCCAAGAUGACUUUUGGUUUAAGUACUCUGAGGAGCAUCAGAGCUCCGAAAGAUGACAGUGUCCUUUUGAGACCUCCCCAAAUCAAGUGUAUCCUCGUUUUAGACUUCCCACCUCAGUAGAUGACUGGCAUUUGAAUGUCUUUUCAUUGAACUCUUCCUAUUAAAAACAAACCACAACUAUUUCUUAAGUCUA